CUUUACGCGCGCGCGCACGCGUGUGUGAGUGUAUGGGCUGCAUCCUGCAUAUCUUUGUUCGUGUCUUCAUCAGAUAUGUGUUGAGAAUCAACUUGCCUUCGACUCUUCUGCCUUUGCGCGACCCCGAAGACCACCUGAGAGUCUGGAGAGUAUUUUUAAAAGCAGGGUACGAGCGCGUCGUUUGAAUCUCAGCACUUCAAAAGCUUCUAAAGCCAUUCACUCGUCGGGUUUUUGAGAACCGUGCAGACAUCACUCGUCUUUUGUCGGAGUUAGCGGAUCUUGGACUCUCACUUGGGCGGAUAGAGAGACUGAUCUCCACCGGAAUCUCCUCGCACCGCGACUGUACCUGGAGAAUCCGAUUGACUCAAAUAGAUCAGAGAGGAGAGUCCUGUGGAGUCUGUCCUUCUUUCACCCAACGAGAGACAUCUGAGUUUAGACUCAGUUUAGACUCAUUUUAGCACAUCUUUCGUAAACUCUGACGAGCGGCAUGUGGGAUAUUAAAAGGUUAUGAGUGCACUUACAGCUUGGUGAUCCACAUAAACAGACAAGCCAAUGAGAGGAUGGCCAGAGGUCACAUGGUCUACAGAAGCGCCCACCAGCCGGUACUACUUAUUCUACUGAGCGUGCUCCAGCUGGUGCAUACGCAAAGCGCUCCUCAGUUCACUCGUAUGCCCACUGAUCAGAUAGGUGUUCAGGGCGGCGUCGCCUCGUUUGUAUGUCAAGCCACGGGAGAUCCACAGCCCAAAAUCACAUGGAGCAGAAAAGGCAAAAAAGUCACCAACCAGAGAUUUGAGGUGAUAGAGUUUGAGGAUGGUUCAGGGUCUGUGUUGCGAGUGCAGCCGCUUCGGACUCCGCGAGAUGAGGCUAUAUAUGAAUGUGUGGCAUCUAAUGAUAGGGGGGAGAUCAGCGCUUCCACACGUCUCAGCGUUCUCCGAGAGGACCAGCUUCCCACUGGUUUCCCUAAUAUUGAUAUGGGUCCUCAGCUGAAGGUGGUGGAGCGUUCUCGCACUGCUACCAUGCUGUGUGCAGCUAGCGGAACACCUGACCCAGAGAUCACCUGGUUUAAAGAUUUCCUCCCCAUAGAUACACACACUCAUGGCCGGAUCAAACAACUACGCUCAGGUGCUCUUCAGAUUGAUCAGAGUGAAGAAACUGAUCAGGGUAAAUACGAGUGUGUCGCAACCAACAGUGAAGGAACGCGCUACUCGACACCAGCUAACCUUUACGUCAGAGAAUUAAGAGAUGUGCGUCGCAUCCCUCCUCGGUUCUCAGUGCCACCGAUGGAUUAUGAAAUCAUGCCGGGAGGAAGUGUGAAUAUCUCCUGUCAGGCAGUGGGUGUUCCCAUGCCAUAUGUCAAGUGGAUGCUGGGAGCCGAGGAUUUGACACCAGAAGAUGACAUGCCUAUUGGACGAAAUGUUUUGGAGCUCACAGAUGUACGCCAGUCUGCCAACUACACGUGUGUGGCAAUGUCUACUCUUGGAGUUAUUGAAACUGUUGCCCAGAUCACAGUCAAAGCCCUCCCCAAUCCUCCGGGAGCUCCAGUUGUCAUGGAGCGAUCUGCCACCAGCAUUACUCUGAUGUGGGACAGUGGAAAUCCACUUGCUGUUUCUUAUUACAUUAUUCAGUAUCGUCCCGCCUCCUCCACCGACUCCUUUAAAGAAAUUGAUGACAUAGCAACAACUCGUUACAGCGUGGGUGGACUCAGCCCCUACUCGCACUACCAUUUCCGGGUCAUGGCGGUGAAUUCGAUUGGCCGAGGCCCACCAAGUCAGACCGUGGAAGCUCGCACAGCCGAACAGGCGCCUAGUUCCCCUCCUCGUCGCGUCAGAGGUCGCAUGCUGAGUGGUUCCACAGCGAUGGUGCAGUGGGAGGAGCCAGAGGAAGCCAACGGUCAGGUGGUUGGGUACAGGGUGUAUUACACGUCGGAUUCGUCUCUGUCUGUGAGCCAAUGGGAGAAGGAAAUGGUUCGAGGGGCUAAUUUUUUAAACAUACGAGACCUGACACCCAACAAAACAUAUUAUAUUAGAGUGCUUGCCUUUACCGCAGUCGGAGAUGGACCUCUUUCCAGUGAUCUGCACAUCAUUGCCAAGACAGGAGUCCCAUCCCAGCCCACAGAGCUGAAGGCAGAGGUGAAAUCAGAGACUAGCAUUCUUCUGUCGUGGAUCCCUCCUGCUCACAGCGGCACAGAUGCCAUCACUGGUUAUGAGCUCAUUUACAGGCUUGGAGAUCAGCCAGAGCAGAAAAUAUCAUUUGAUCCAAGCUCCAGUUAUCUGCUGAAGAAUCUGAAGCCGUUUUCCACCUACAUAUUUCAACUAGCAGCGCGCAGUAAACACGGCCUGGGGGCAUUCACCAGUGAAAUCACCGUUCAGACUCCACAGACACAGUCCACUUCCCCUCCCCAGGAAGUCACAUGCAUAAGCCCCUCCUCCACAAGUCUACUGCUCAGCUGGGCUCCACCCCUCACAGAUGAAAACGGAAUCAUAACAGGAUACUCCAUUCGAUAUGUGGCGGUGGAACGGGAGAAUGACCCCGUGCAGAGGAUACCGAACAUCCCAUCGAACUGUUUCCGGUACCGGAUAGAGGGGCUGAAGAAAGGGACCCUGUACUCUGUGACAGUUUCUGCCCACACUGACACAGGUCAAGGGCCUGAGAGUCUACCGAUAUUGGUCCGCACAGAGGAAGACGUGCCCAGCGCACCGCCGCGGGGUGUGGAUGUGGUGGUCUUAAACGCCACCUCUGCUAGAGUGUCAUGGAAACCUCCAGUUGCUGAGCGACAGCAUGGAAAGAUCCGUGGUUACCAGGUGACAUACGCCAGACGAACAGCAGGGGAGAGAACAGUCUCUCCCAGAAUUAGGGAACACCUACUGAGAGAGCCACAGCCACAGAAUGACUCGAAACAAUAUGACCUGACUUUGACCGAUUUAUGGCCAAACACUGAAUACUCUGUGACCGUGGCUGCAUUCACCUCAAAAGGCGAUGGAGCACGCAGCAAGCCUAUCGUCAUCAGAACUAAACCAUCAUUGCCAGGUUUGCCCCUGCUUACAGUUUCGCCAUCAGAAGAUGGCACUGCCCUACUAAAAUGGCAGCCUCCCCCUGCUGGUCUGUCUCCUGUGCUGGGCUACAGGCUCUCAUAUGGCCUGGCUGACCCGACCUCAGACUCCUUCAUGGUGCAGGAGCUAGACGCUAAGGAACGCACCUACACCGUCUCCUCUUUGAGUGCAGGGAUGCUGUAUGUGUUCCGGCUCGCAGCCCGUACCAUAUGGGGUUAUGGUUCAAGCGCUCAGGUCACAUUUUUAACACCAAACGUGGUGCAGACAACCACAGAUGACAUGGUAACAAUCCCAGGGACAACGGACGGUCAAAAUGUGAGCAUACAGGAAACCUUGCCAAUUUUGGCUAACUUAACGGCUGAAAACAUCAACUCCUCGUCUGUGAUCCUGAGAUGGGAGCGACCUAGAAGCUAUGACCGGAUCCAAGGUUACCGCGUGUGGUUCGCUGUCACCUAUAGUAAUGGCACGGAUAUUGCCAUGGAGUCAGACGUUUCAGAGACUACAGUGGUUCUUAAUGGCCUACGGCCAAAUACUGAGUAUGUGGCGAGAGUGUGCGUGCUUAGCAAACACAGCCCUGGGGCGUAUAGUCUCCCAGUAUCCAUCAAAACACAACCAGCACAGGAAGUGUUUGCCGUGAACUUCAGAGUGAAAGCUGCCAUGAAGAGUUCUGUACUGCUGACCUGGGAGCCACGAACCACCAGUAAUAAAGCACAAUCUCUCAUUAUCUCAUAUGGUGAUGGCGAAAGUGUGGAAGUGGAUGGGCGGCUCGGGCAGAAGUUAGUGACUAAUCUGAAGCCCCAGUCUCUAUACACCUUCUUGUUGACCAGUAAAGCUGAUGGCAUUGGAGGUUUGCAGCACCGCGCAGAUGCCAUGACCGCUCCAAACCUGCUGACCAAGAAACCCCAGCUCCUGGACAAGACUAGCUCUCAAAGCAUCGCUACCCUACAACUGCCCGCUGUCCAGGGACAGGCUAAUGUCAGGGGUUUCUACAUUGUGGUUGUCCCUCUGAAGAGGCAGAGAGGAGGAAACUUCCAGAAUUUAUGGAGUGAUCCAGAUGAGAUGAACAUUGAUGAGCUACUGAGGGAGAUUAAUGGCACCGGUCGCUCUGUGCGUCUUCGGAGGCAGGCGGAGGCAAAAGCAUACAUCAGUUCUUAUUUCCAGAAUCUUCCAGCCGAGUUUAAACUAGGAGACGGCCGUGUGUAUGGAGCAUUCAUGAACCGACCGCUUGUGAACGGACAAGAGUAUGUGUGCUUCGUGCUGGCUAUUCUUGAACUGGGCCAGAACACUGUGUACUCCACAAGUCCAUUCUCUGAUGCCGUGCUGUUCUCCGAUGUUGAGCCGCAGCCAAUCGUAGAUGAGGAGGAGGGGCUUCUGUGGGUGGUUGGGCCAGUGCUGGCUGUCAUCUUCAUCAUUAGCAUUGUCAUCCUCAUCCUCCUCUUUAAAAGCAAACCAGACAGGAAGCGGGCAGAGUUGGAGGGCAGGAAGUGCAGCUUUCCCAGCAACAGUAAAGCCAUGAGUUCCCAGCAUCCAUCUGAUCCAGUGGAGCUACGUAGAAUCAACUUCCCAACGGCUGGCAUGACCAGUCACCCUCCAGUUUCUGUCUCAGAACUGCCCACUCACAUAGAGAGGAUGAAAGCUAAUGACAACCUGAGGUUCUCUCAAGAGUAUGAGUCUAUUGAUCCAGGGCAACAGUUCUCAUGGGAACAGUCUAACCUUGAGAUUAACAAGUCAAAGAACAGAUAUGCCAACGUCAUUGCCUACGACCACACCAGAGUAUCACUCUCCAACAAUGAUGGUGUUCCUGGUGGUGACUACAUUAAUGCCAACUUCAUAGACGGGUACCGCCGACAGGGCGCUUACAUCGCCACCCAGGGCCCCAUGCCAGACACGUUUAGUGAUUUCUGGAGAAUGGUGUGGGAACAACACACAGCAAAUAUCAUCAUGAUCACCAAACUUGAGGAGAAAUCCAGGAAUAAGUGUGAUCAGUACUGGCCCAGCAGAGGCACAGAGACAUACGGACUCAUGCAAGUCUCGUUACUGGACACGGUGGAGCUUGCGACCUACUGCGUCAGGACUUUUGCCCUGUUUAAGAGUGGGAGUGGUGAGAAAAGGGAGGUUCGUCAGUUCCAGUUUACAGCAUGGCCAGAUCAAGGGGUUCCUGAACAUCCCACUCCUUUCCUGGCUUUCCUCAGACGGGUAAAAGCCUGCAACCCCCCAGAUGCCGGACCCAUUGCAGUCCACUGCAGUGCUGGUGUUGGCCGAACGGGCUGCUUCAUUGUGAUAGAUGCCAUGUUGGAACGUGUGAAGCAGGAGAAGACGAUAGAUGUUUAUGGUCACGUGACUCUGAUGCGAUCUCAGCGAAACUACAUGGUGCAGACAGAGGAGCAGUACAUCUUUAUUUAUGAUGCGCUGCUGGAGGCCGUUUCCUGCGGCAACACAGAGGUACCGGCACGAAACCUUUACGCCUACAUCCAGAGACUGUCACAGACAGAACCGCCAGAGCACAUCAGCGGAAUGGAGCAGGAAUUUAAACGGUUAGCUAAUGCCAAAGCGCAUAACUCCAGAUUCGUCAGUGCCAGCCUUCCAUGCAAUAAGUUCAAAAACCGACUGGUCAAUAUCAUGCCAUAUGAAACCACACGUGUGUGUCUGCAGCCAAUCAGAGGAGUGGAGGGCUCAGACUAUGUCAAUGGCAGUUUUAUAGAUGGCUACAGGCAACAGAGAGCGUAUAUUGGGACUCAGGGGCCACUGGCAGAGACUGUUGAAGAUUUCUGGCGGAUGCUUUGGGAACACAAUUCUACUAUAGUAGUUAUGCUAACUAAACUCAGAGAAAUGGGAAGGGAGAAAUGUCAUCAGUAUUGGCCAUCUGACAGGUCAGCACGGUAUCAGUAUUUUGUGGUGGAUCCCAUGGCGGAGUACAACAUGCCUCAGUAUAUACUCAGAGAGUUUAAAGUCACAGACGCAAGGGACGGUCAAUCCAGAACGGUCCGGCAGUUUCAGUUCACGGAUUGGCCAGAGCAGGGUGUGCCAAAAUCUGGUGAAGGCUUCAUUGAUUUCAUCGGUCAAGUGCACAAAACAAAAGAGCAGUUUGGUCAGGAUGGGCCGAUCUCAGUACAUUGCAGUGCUGGCGUUGGCAGGACAGGUGUAUUUAUCACUCUGAGUAUAGUAUUGGAGAGGAUGCGUUACGAGGGAGUGGUCGACAUCUUCCAGACUGUCAAAAUGUUGCGUACUCAAAGACCAGCCAUGGUGCAGACAGAGGAACAGUACCAGUUCUGCUAUCGAGCUGCGCUGGAAUACCUGGGCAGUUUUGAUCACUAUGCAACCUAAAACCUUCCCCUGGACCAAGAGCCACGUCAUCACCCACCGAGACCUGCGUCUGAUCAAUCUGACUGCCUCUUUGUGUUGCCCACAGCUCCAGAGUCUGUUUGAGUUCUCUAGACAGCACACGUUUUAACAGCCAGUCAGGGAGGGCAGCUGAGAUACAGAAUUGUCACAACAAAUUGUUGCUGUAAUCAUUUAGCUGAAAGUUGUCAAGUCAUAUUCGGGGGUUGAGUGCAGAUUUGGCAUUACAGCUAACAGGCCAACACAUCCAAUGAAAUCUCCUGAAACCAUCCAUGUGCCGUCUGGACCAAUUCAACAGACCAAUGAGACUGUGGGAGACGACAAUAAUCAACAAUUUGAUGGUACUUCUUAUGUGUCAUAAUUUGUUUAACAAAAAAAAAAAAAGUAAGGUGAUGCAGUCCGGGUUUAGCGUUUCCACUAUUUUUUUUUUUUUUUGUCACCAGUUGUAUAGUGGAUCCACCAACUCACUUGUUGAAGUGAUAGAGACAAAAUGAAGUUCAAAAGAACCCCUAAGUAUUGGUGCUUAUGCCAGUAACCUGUUCGUUUAUCUGUAGCACACACACAUAGAUAUAUACGUACAUAUCUAUCACAGAUUUAAGACAAGAAGAAAUAACACAAGCUGAAAAUGGAGAUUUGUCUCAAAAACUGUGCAAUAUUGAACGUGAUGGCACCUUCAAGUUUUAAACCACUCAAGUAUUAGCGAUAUUGUCACUGUAAUUAUAUUGUCUCAUUAAUCCUAUACAAUGUAAAGUAUAAAACAAAUUUGUUAUUACGCAUAUUAGCUAUAUAUAUAUAAAUAUAUAUAUAAACUGUCAAUGUAUUGAGUGAUAUUUAUACUAUGUGAGUGAGGUUCUUGUCAAUGCACACAAGUUAAGAAAAGUAUUGACUGCAGUAAAAUUUUAAAGUUUUUUUUUUUUUUUUUUUCCACUAAACUAUUACCAAAAUAAUUAUUGAGAUGCUUUCGAUCAGGUUUGGAAGUUCAAAUGUUGAAGCUUAACUCUCUAAACAUGAGUUGAUGUGUUCAAAACAAUAACAUAAUGGAUCAUUUGACACUGGUAGUGCCUUAUCAUAGUCACAUGUUUAAAAUGGUUAUAUGUUCAAUAUUUAUGGAUAUGAACCUGCUUUUAUCUUUAAAAAACACAUAUAAAACAAUAUAUAUAUAUAUAUAUAUAUAUAAAACAGAAUUAAAUACAGUCAUAUCCACCCGAGUAAAUUUUAAUAUAUGAUAUAUUUCACACACAGACCAACUUGAAGUAUCAGUGCGGUUUAUUCAUUGAGGUGAAGUACUGCCAAGAAGACUAGACAAUUAUAUUAUUGAAAGCCAAUAUGUGUCCAUUUUUGAGAGGGCACACGUUUAUUGCAUCUAUAUUGGGCCAAGAGAAUUGCAUAUUCCAUUACAUAUAUAAUAGCUAUUACAUUAUAAAUGAUUUGCAUUUGAAAUUAUAAUUCAGUAAAGUUUUCCGCAGUUUCAGUCCAUACCGCUGCAGGAAACUUUCAGUUUUAACGGUUAAUGUCUGCUUUCUUGUUUAUCAGUGUUGUGAGGUGUCAUCAUCUUCACAUAUGUUUGAAAGCAUCAAUGAUGUUGGUGUGUCAACAUCAACAAAAAGAGGAUAUGACUUUUUCUUGCCGGUGAGGACUCAUUCGAAAAGCAGAGCUACUUGCUUCAAACUAAAUGAAAUUGAAACAUGUUCAGUGUAAGUUUGAUGUCUAAAAUUUGAUUAUUAAAACAUCAAUGCAUGACAAAUUAGAGCUACAACAUAAAAAUGACCCUGACGUCUCUAUAUGAGUGUCAUGGCCUAUGACGGUCUGGUUAUGGGUUUGGAAAUGACUGCACUCUUGUUCUAUGCACUAACCCUUACUAUUUCUUCAACACAGAAUGUUAUUUGUAUUGAACGAGAUUAAUUUCACAGUGUUGCUCACAGUGUGUGCAUGUAAAGAGAAAAAUAAGUUUUGGUUACAAAGCUUAAGACAAUAUGCGCAUAAUGUUAUUGUUGAAUACUUUAGAUGACAGGGUGGUAUAAAAUGAGUGAUUUUUCUUCUAAUAGUCAUCAUUCAGUAAUUCCCAAGGAAGUCUGGUCACUGCGAACUUCAGCUCAUUUUACUUUCGGUGUAAGGAAAUGUUUCUUUCUUUGCAACAUCUUUGUCUUUGAGUACUUUUUUUUUUAACCAGAGUUGAGUUAGUUUUGUAUUUGAAAAUCUAUCUUGCAAAUCUACCUUCUCCAUAUUGUUACACCUUACAGCAUAUUAAUAUCACAACCAAGUUUCAGGGUUUUUUCAACUUUCAACUUUUGUUGAAACUAGCUAUGCUUAUUUUUUCAAGAGGAUAUAAAUUAGCGUUUGUGUAAUGGGACAUUAUCUGCUAAUGUCAAAAAAAUAAAAAAAAAUAAAUUCAUCUAUUUUCCAGUGCAUGACAGUCCCCAUUUGUACAAUAUGAAGGCACCAUCUGAUUUUGAUGAAUCAUGACAUUGUUUCAUGUGAAAAAUAAACUAGCACAAUCUAUAUCAUGUAAUCUGACCAAAUAUGCAUUGUAUCACAAUUUUCAUAUUGUCAAAUGUUGUGAGUGGUUUUACAAUUUCACCCAUCAAGUAAUGUGAAACACGAAAGGGAAAUCUUUUACCUCUGAUUUUGUAGUAAAUGUAAAUAUUUCAGAGGACGUUUUCUUUUUUAAUUUCCUACUUUAUGUUGUAAGGACAGCUGUGUGAGAAUACAAUUGUAUUGGAAAAAUUUUAUUUGUUACAAAUAAAAUGGUAAGAAUA